AUCCAACUGCUUUCAGUGGCUGACAUUUUUCUUACUUCAUUUAAAGCCUCUGGAGCUGUUUUUACUUUUGGGAAAAGCAAGUUUGCUGACAAUGUUCCAAGCAAGUUCUGGUUUAAGAAUAACAAGCUAAUCUCGGUUUCUUGUGGAGAUGAACAUACAGCAAUCAUAACUGAAAAUGGUAAACUCUAUGUGUUUGGGAGCAAUAACUGGGGUCAGCUUGGACUAGGAACAAAGAACACUGUGAAUAAACCCACCUGUGUAAAAGCCUUACGGUCCGAAAAAGUAAAAUAUGUUGCUUGUGGGAGAAAUCACACACUGGUUUAUACAGAAAAAGGGAAUGUUUAUGCAGCUGGAGGCAACAAUGAAGGGCAACUAGGAGUUGGAGACACCGAGGACAGAACAACCUUCCAGCAAGUAGAGUUUUUUACCAACAAGCACAAGAUUAAGCAUCUCGCAGCUGGAUCCAAUAUAUCUGCAGCUUUAACUGAGGAUGGAAAGCUGUUCAUGUGGGGAGACAAUUCUGAGGGACAGAUUGGUCUUGCCGAUAAAAACAAUGUCUUGGUUCCUCAUCAUGUGGACGUUGGUAAACCAGUUUCCUGGAUCUCCUGUGGUUACUACCAUUCUGCUCUAGUAACAAGAGAUGGUCGUUUGUAUACCUUUGGUGAGUCUGACAAUGGAAAAUUGGGAUUGCUACCUGAGCAGUUGUCUGAAACCAAGAUUCCACAGUGUGUUCCAGGAAUUGCAGGAAAGGUUGUCCAGGUUGCCUGUGGUGGAGGCCAUACUGCAGUACUUACAGGAAAUAAUGUGUAUACGUUUGGUCUUGGCCAAUUUGGACAGCUGGGACAUGGCACUUUUAUUUUUGAAUCACCCGUGCCAAAGGUUUUGGAACAGCUGAAGAAUCAAAAAGUGCAAUAUGUUGCAUGUGGAGAGAAUCAUACUGCUCUCAUAACAGAUAAUGGCCUUCUUUAUACAUUUGGAGAUGGACGGCAUGGCAAAUUGGGUCUUGGAGAUGAGAACUUUACUAAUCAGUUCAAACCAACGUUAUGUACUCAAUUCUUGAAGUUUCAUGUCCAGUCGGUGGCCUGUGGAGGAUGUCACAUGCUAGUCCUUGCUGCACCAAGACCCAGAGAUUCAGAAGUAGUUCAUCUUCCAGUUGGUGACAUUAGUAUUGAUGGACUGGCCACUUCAUGCAGCACUGAUCUGCUAGAUGGUGCCUCUCCAACUGUAGCUAUUCAUCGAACACUAAGUGCACGUAUCAGACGGCGAGAAAAGGUUUUAGAUUCAUAUUUGAGGGGCUGUGACCUACCCAAUCGUACAGAAGCAGCAGAACAGAAAUGGAUACUGCUUCUUAAUGCAGAGAGACCUCCAGGCCUCAAUGGUGUUUUUACUUUAAAACCUUUUUUGAAGGCACGCCCUCUGAAACACUAA